AUGGCUAGCAAACAAAAAUAUCGUGAGCUGGACAUCGGCCGUUCUGCAUCUCUCCAAAGAUCGUCUACAGUCUCGCCCUUUGUUACUGGCUUCUCUCGCCUGAUGGGUCUUGCUUCCAUCACUCACCGCAGCUUCCUUUAA